UCUGGGCGGGGCUAACAGAACGAAGCGCGGUGGCGGUGAGUGGUUCGGUGCUUUGGCUGAUCUUGCUGCUCCACUCAUCGGAUUGGGAUUCGCCGCGAAAUCCGUUGCAAAAUGUCCGACGACGAACAGCAAGAGCAGACCAUUGCCGAGGACUUGGUUGUGACCAAGUAUAAGAUGGGCGGUGACAUUGCUAACCAGGCCCUGCGUGUGGUCAUCGAGGCAGCCAAGCCUGGCGUGUCUGUCCUCAGCUUGUGUGAGAAAGGAGAUGCUUACAUCAUGGCAGAGACUGGGAAAGUCUUCAAGAAGGAGAAGGACAUGAAGAAAGGCAUUGCGUUCCCCACCAGCGUGUCAGUCAAUAACUGUGUAUGCCACUUCUCUCCCUUGAAGAGCGACCCUGACUACACGCUUAAAGACGGAGACUUGGUCAAAAUUGACCUUGGAGUCCAUGUCGAUGGAUUUAUCUCCAAUGUGGCACAUAGCUUUGUCGUUGGGGCCAGUAAGGAAGCACCCGUGACUGGUAGGAAAGCCGAUGUCAUCAAAGCUGCCUACUUGUGUGCGGAAGCAGCACUGCGUCUUGUAAAACCUGGCAACCAAAACACACAGGUGACUGAGGCAUGGAACAAGAUCGCCCAUUCUUUCAAAUGUAAUCCGAUUGAAGGUAUGCUGUCCCACCAGUUAAAGCAACACAUUAUUGAUGGGGAGAAGACAAUCAUCCAAAACCCCACAGACCAGCAAAAGAAGGACCACGAGAAAGUGGAGUUUGAGGUCCAUGAGGUGUAUGCUGUAGAUGUACUGAUCAGUACAGGAGAAGGGAAGACCAGAGAUGGGGGACAAAGGACCACCAUCUACAAGCGGGACCCCAGUAAGCAGUAUGGCCUGAAAAUGAAGACCUCUAGAAUAUUCUUCAGUGAGGUGGAGAGACGCUUUGACGCCAUGCCCUUCACUCUCAGGGCAUUUGAAGAUGAGGGGAAGGCUCGUUUGGGAGUGGUUGAGUGUGCCAAACAUGAACUACUACAGCCCUUCAGUGUACUCAGUGAAAAAGAGGGCGAGUUCGUGGCCCAGUUUAAGUUCACAGUAUUGCUGAUGGCCAACGGGCCUUUAAGAAUCACCAGUGGACCGUUUGAGCCUGAGCUCUAUAAAUCUGAGUAUGACGUUCAGGAUCCUGAGCUGAAGUCUCUGAUACAGAGCUCUGCAAGUCGUAAAGCACAGAAGAAGAAGAAAAAGAAGGCUUCCAAGAAUGCAGAAAACGCUACGGGGCAGCAAGCAGAGAAUGAAGUUGCAGCUGAAUAGUUACCUGACACUCCUAAAAACAAUACAUAUUCUCUGAGACACGCAAAUUUCUAGCUCCUAGAAAUUUGAAACCUAAAUUUUCCAUUAAACUGUUGUCCAUUGAAACCUGUGACAAAAAGCCAUCCAUUAGUUAGUGUGAUUGGGAAAUAGAAGAAAUUGAAACUCAUUUGUCUGACUGAUAAUGACUUUGUACUGAUUUGUACUGAUCUAUUGGCAUUAUCUUUUGAAGCACUAGGUUUACACUGAACUGAAUCGUGACACCUUUUGGAAAUGAAAUCAAUUAAAAAAUAGCAGUUCUUUUGUAGUAUUGAGGUUUUUGCUGUGGUGUUCUUAAUCUAAUACAAAAUUUGGCCUUGUAGCUGAAUUUGAAACUGUGCUAGAUUAAUGUGGAGGGAGGACUGAUUUAGCAGCUUAAACAAUGUGGAAAGUUUCCAAAACCUUGUCAUCCUCAGGGCUGAGAUGUUAUUUCUAAACAAAGUCUCCCAAUUUUAAGGACUAGGAGGUCUCUAAUUGGAUCAACAACCCUUCCAUAUAAUACAGAAAUGCUUUUUUGGGUACACAGGGUUAUUCUAUGGUCACAUUCGUUAUGGAAUGGGGACAUUUUUGGAACUUAUGGUACACUUUCUACUAGGAACUGCCGUUCCUGUUUCACCUCUAGUCUAACCGUGUGGGCUUUAAACCAUAAGACAGAUUUGUCUGAUUAAACUCUAUAUUUCCCUCAUCACUAUCGUUGGCUUCACCUUUCAUGAAACAUUCUUGUCUUUGUCUCAUUUAAAUCUUCUACUGAAUCAUCACAUCAGUCCCAGUAAAUUAUUGAACGUUUAUGGACAACAGGACUAAAUUGCUGCUAAUCCACUUUCAUAGGACCCAUCUUGCAUGCAUGCAUACAUGCAUCCUUCUUCCCCCUGUAAACACACAAAAUAAUGCCUGUUGGGUAAAAGUGUAGGUAAUCUAUCGAGGUUGAUGUUUUGCUGAAGAGCAUGUAAAUGUGGUCCAGAGUCAGACUAGAGCAGUGAGGAGACUCUAAAGUUUAACAUAUUUGUGUGAAAUUAUAGGAUUAUACGUCUAAAAGACAAUGUUGGUCAAGGACCGGUUUUGCCCAGUCUCGAAUGUAAUCUGAAGUAUUUAAUACAUAACAGGAGUAAAAUGUAAAUAAAUAACACACACACAGAACCCCUAUUCAAAGCCAUUGCCGGUUGAUCCGAGUCACUGUGCUGCAACGUUCAAAUGACUUUAAAAUGAGCUUUGGUGAAGUAGCUGUGCUGUGGGUCAGAUAUGGCAGAUUGGACGUAUGACUGGACUUAAGUGACUGGGCAGAACAGGUUCACUGUGGUGUGAUGUGACUGUGUUGAACUUGUCUUUAGUUACACUACCAGACCUCAGCAGUGCCCUGUGUCUGGGAUAUGUCCAGAUUGACACUAUUCUGUUUUCUAAGGAAGAACCAGUAUAUGGGACUAUUUUACAUCUAAUGAAAUAAAACAAGCCUUUGAAUAUU